AUGCGAACGUUGAACGCACAACGAGUUCUUCAUUGGCGUAUGUUUGUUGAAGAAUUUGGUCCCGAUUUUGUCUAUUUGCCUGGAAAAGACAACGCGAUUGCCGACUGCUUCUCUCGGCUUCCGCGAAUGGAGAAGCUGUCUGAAGGGAAGAGUCCAAAUAAGGGUAAAUUGAUUGCGUUUGAUAAAUUACAGGUUUCUGUUGAUCCCGAAGACGAAACCUACACGUUUGAAGAUAAUGUUCUUGUAAAAGAAAAUGAUUUGAUCACGCCACCAACAGAAGCCGAGUUCAAUUUUGAUGUCAGUUCUCCUGUUGCCAAGAUGGAGAUAUUCAUGAACACCUGA